AUGGAUCUGCCGCCACCGUCUCCACAAAGGGAUCCUAGCAUGGAUCCGCCACCAAUCGCUCAAAGGGACCCCAGUAUGAGUCCACAGCCUAAGCAAAGGAAGAACCCACCUAAGAAGGCUUUGCCCCCGCCCCCUCCUAAGGCGAAGAAGAACCCAACUAAAAAGAAAGAGAAGCCUCCACCUCCGAAGUUAGCAUACGAAAAGACUGGUGAGGAAUUGGGUGAGCAAGUGAGCAAGGAGGUUCGAGAUCACUUCGCGCCAAGGAAGCCUAAGCCGAAGGGACCUGUGGAUCCAGCCGGGCAGAAGUUCUUUAUAGGCAUAUGCCAGCUAAGGGAGAAAGAAAGACUAUCGGACUACGAUCGCUCAAUCAUAAAAUCUUAUUAG